AUGGAUGAUAUAUUAACACUUCUGGGUUUAUCCUUGGCUAUGUUAAUAGGUUGUUACCUAGCAGGGAUGAUUCCUCUUACAGUGUCUCUUUCUGAGGAAAAGUUGAAAUUAGUAACUGUAUUGGGUGCAGGGCUUCUGGUAGGAACAGCAUUGGCAGUUAUAGUUCCUGAAGGAGUUCAUGCCUUGUACUCUAGUGCUAAAAUCCCAGAUGCUCCAGCAGUUUCAGUCAUCAAAGAAGUAGCAGACACAAAUAAAGAAGCUCCAGAGGAGCAUAAGCAUACAGAGCAUGAGCACCAUUCGGACAUGCUGGAGAAACAUUCCACCAUUGGCAUUAGCCUAGUUACAGGAUUCAUCUUCAUGCUUUUGGUGGAUCAGCUGGGGGGAAGCAUGCAUGCUCAUUCAGUGCCCACGGAUGCAGAAUCUGCGGGGCAUACUCAGAAUAGACAUAAAAUCACGGCUACUUUAGGACUUGUGGUCCAUGCUGCAGCUGAUGGAGUUGCAUUAGGGGCAGCCAUUACUCUAGCAGAAACCCACAUUACUAUGAUAGUCUUUGUGGCGAUCAUGCUUCACAAGGCUCCAGCUGCUUUUGGUUUGGUUUCGUUUCUACUUCAUGAAGGCCUUGACCGUACAAGAAUACGCAAGCACUUGGCCGUGUUUUCUGUGGCGGCGCCUUUGUUAGCUGUUAUAACUUACAUCGCUCUCAGUCAGCAAAACAAAGAGGCCUUGUCAGGGAUACAGACUACAGGGAUUGCAAUGUUGUUCAGCGCUGGGACAUUUCUCUAUGUGGCCACAGUUCAUGUUCUUCCAGAAAUUUCUAUCACUCACAUACAGCACAAGUCUGCAGAUGGGACUGUGGUCAUAAGGGAGCACAAAGGGUUUAGGAAGACGGAGCUUCUUGUUUUAGUUAUUGGUGCAUUGUUACCAUUGAUAAUAGCUGUUGGACAUAAACAUUGA